AUGGAAUUGCAACAAAAAAUUGUAGAACUUGAAACAGGUAUAAAACAACAGGAGCUGAAAAUAAUUUCACAACAACAGCAGCUACAACAACAAGUACAACAAAUCAAUCUACAACAACAGCAACAUGUAGAUAUACAACAACAAAGCCAAGAACAAUUUAGUCUAGGAAUGAGUUCAAGAGAUAUUAUGGAGCAGUUUAGAAGAAUAAAGCCUUUGGACAGGAAUCACAACCCGAGGUCCUUUGUUCGAUCAGUGGAGUCAACUUUUGCACUAUGUGUUGGAAAUGAGCAGCUGGCAAGGUAUGGUUUGGAGAUACUUAUUAAUGAGAAGAUUCUGGGAGAGGCUGGACGAUGCAUCCGGGAGCUGGAUUAUGGUGCCUCAUGGCCAGAAGUAAAACAAAAACUGAUGUUGCAGUGUCAGCCGAAAAAAACGUAUGCAGAGAAAUAUAAGUAUUGUACUAAAGCUUCUAUAAUGGUCAUGCUGCUAAUGUCACUAAUACAGUUGAACCAAACAACACUACAAAUCAGCCCGAUCAAUGAAAAUAAUGGAUUUGUUCAAAUAAAAACUGGUGAGGUGGACAUCGACAACACAACCUGCACAUUAAUACAUAUGAUAAAUAUAAGAGAUGUAGAAAAUAUAUUACACAAUAUAAGUAUGAACAUAAAAAGUUUAGAUCUACAUAGCAAGGGCAUUCUUCAAAAUGAAAUAGAUCUCAUUAAAUCAAAACUCAAAACUAUACUUCCACAAAUCCUUUUUGGUGAAGUUUACCUGCCUUGUGGCAAUAUUUCUGCAUUUGAGGAGUUGAUUGGUGAUUUAGUUGUCAAAUAUGAUAAUGUAAUUAUAUCAGGUGAUUUCAAUAACAAUCUAUUCUGCACAUCAAAGUCUUACUUGAUGUUAAGUAUGUGUAAUAGAUUACAUCUCACUUAUGCUCAUAACAGCUUACCAACACACUUUGAUACGAGGACGAGUAGCACAUCGUUACUUGAUUUCUUUCUCUUAAGUCCCAGUUUGGAUGUUCGGACUUCUAAUCAGAUGUUGUGUCCGGGUAUUUCAAAUCAUGCGUUCAUAUUUGCAACUUUCAACUUGCCUAACUUGGUGUGUGAUGAUAUGGUUGAAUAUAGAAAUUAUAGUGCUAUUGAUAUGAUGAGAAUGGAUGAGGAGGCUAGUUUAUCAGAUUAUAAUCAGGUUUUUGGUAGUAAUGAUGUUGAUGUGCAGCUUUCUGGUUUUAUGUCUAAUGUAUUUGCUUUACAUGACUUGGUACCAGUUACGAGACGAGGAAUGUUGCAAAUGCUCUCCUAA